AUGUCUGACUCCAAGACAAUCCCAACAUUCGAAGAGAUCGAGAAGCGUAGUCCACCAUAUUCGGCGUGGGAUCUAUGGGAAAAUCCCCAACUGGGAGCCUUAAACUAUCUCAUUGAUGCGCUGGUACUCCGUUCGGCGAAAGAGGAGAUCCAGCACGGAGUGCGCGUGGGCUUGAACUUGCCCUUGGACCUCAUCGACCCUCCAUUCCUCGGCCGAUCGGGUUUCGAGCGUAAGAUGAUCAAUAAAGCCCCGCGAGUAAUCAACGAUGAUGUGAUUUCCUUCAAUACUCAAGGUAGUAGUCAGUGGGACAGCUUCCGGCAUUUUGCAUAUCAAAAGGAGGGCAAGUUUUACAACAAUGUGAGCCAGGAUGACAUCCACUCCAAGCCUGAAAGCAAGGUAAACGGUAUAAACGCGUGGGCAGCUCGAGGUAUAGCUGGUCGCGGUGUACUUAUUGACUACCACGGCUGGGCUCAGAAGAAGGGCAUCGCCUAUGACCCGCUGAGUGGUCAUGGUAUCUCGGUCGAUGAGGUAGACCAGAUCACCAAAGAGUACGAAAUCGAGCUGCGCAAAGGAGACAUCUUUAUGCUGCGAACUGGCUUUGUUGAGGCAUACUCAGCGCUGAGCAAGGACGAAAGAGAGAAAUAUAGCACUAGUCACUCUUUUCCAGGUCUGGCAUCGGGAAGGAAGACUGCAAAGUGGCUCUGGAAUCAUCAAUUCGCAGCAGUCGCGGGAGAUAACGUAGCCUUUGAGUCUGCUCGUAAGUCUGAACGGAAACGCGCACCGCAGGCAUCGAGUAAUCCCGCUGACUACUAUGACUUCUUACCAGCCCCUGCGGACCCGGAGUUUGGUAUGCUGCAUCCUAUCCUGUUAUCUGGUUGGGGAACACCGAUUGGAGAAUUGUUCGACCUGGAAUUGUUGGCGAAGGAAUGUGAGCGUUUGGGACGAUGGUCGUUCUUUGUUAGCUCUUCACCAUUGAACUACACGGGGGCGGUAGCAUCUCCCCCUAACAUAAUGGCAAUACUGUAA